CAAAAUGAAAUGAAACAAUUCGACUUAAAUGGUAUUUUCACUUUAAACCCGAGGUUUUCUUGUCACGUGACGACGUGACGUCACGCCAGAACGCGCUUUUUAAGUUUGAAGUCCGCCAUUACUGGUCCCUCGCAUCGAAGGUGUCUACCGUGCUUGGAAACUCUAAAACAAGCGCUCCCUCCUCCCUCUCCUGUGUCUCCUUGACAUUUCAUCAGCAGACCGCGAUGAAAACAGCGGCAGAGACGGCAUUGUACUGCGUCGCACCACCAAACUUUCAUAACACGCAAGUGUAAAAUAAGUUUUUAGAAAAGAUGAGAACCCCUGCUGCAAUUCAUUUAUGUAAAACGUGUCUGACAGCAGAGUACAGACGCAAGUCUGACCCAGACGUCAUGUGAGAGCAUCACUGUUCCUCCACACUAAUCAGCCAGAUAUCUGCAACUGUGUGUCGGAUGGACGGCAGGUUAAGUCUCCCACUCAAGCCUCACCAUCGUCCAGCGGAGAAGGACAGUAGCUCAGCCAAGAACGUCAGGUGCAUCACAGACAUUGGCUGUAGAUGAGAUGCUGGGAGGCGGGAGGAUAGUGAUGGAAAUAAGAGAGAGGCAGUGGAAGGUAGAGGCGAGGAAGCAAAGAAGCAAGUGCUGGGUUGCGUUCAGUGGCAGCUAAGGAGACAUGGGGCGAGCGUGGAGCAGCAUCACAACCAAAUCAGGAGAGAAUCAAUGCGGAAGCAGCCUGGCCCGAUCAAUGUCAGAGCUGGAUACUGUAAAGUUUCACUCCUUUUAACCCGCUGUGUGACUUGAGGACUCCGGAGGACACGGCAGAGAGUGGAAACUUGGCGCUUCGUAUUUGGACAUCACGCAGAUGCGUUAGACAGUUGGGAAAUACUCCUUUGAAUCGUCAAACGUUGGACCCAAUAAGCCAGACGAUGGGGAGAAGAGCGGCUGACCUGACCACUCCAGUUCCCGUUUUGGGCGUCCCAGCCUUGGUCGGAGCGCAUGGUUGGAGGACGACAGAAAGCGACACCACCGGAGGGGCACAGCUGCAGACAUGGGGUCUUCAGAGCUGCAGCGUCGGCGUUCAGACGUCCCCGGGGAUAAGCAGAGUCCCUGCAAGGCGGUGUGCGCAGCUCGUGGAUAAACUCUGCACGCCAUCGAUUCCCAGUGCCCACCCGUCCAACAGCUACGUUAGCAAGGAGUACAAAGAGCUACUACUGCUAACAAAUGGUGACAAGGAAAACGGAGCAAAGAGUAUGGACUCCAAGAGUAGAAGGGAACUUGUCGGGGAGGCCUUAGGGGAUGUUGUGUGCUGUCAAGAUCGCUAUUAUUGCUAUUCCAGGACAAUCAAGACCAACCCAUCAACCAGCGUGGGCCCAAAACUAAAACCUCCUGUGCGCUACACCAACGGUAGUGUGGUUGAUUCAGAGGCAAUGGGAGGAAUUAGCGUUGAAAGCGUUGGUGACGCCAGCCCAACUGUUGGAGACCAAACAAGAGUACACACGCGUUACAGCAAGCCAUCUCGGAAGAUGCUGCUGUUUUCUGCUCCCAGGUCUUUCAGCGCAUCACAAAAAAUAUGCAACCACUGCGGCGGUAGACGGCCUCUCACAGCGGGAGCUGAGAUUUCAGGGAGGAAAAAUCUUACUGCUCCUGCUUGCCAAGCAGAGAAACAUCUUCAGUCAGCCCACGACUUGCUCUCGGCCAGCAAACAUCUUCAGUGGCCCCAUAAUGAGACAAACGUCCAACCGAGCAACCGUCAGCUCUAUGAGAGCCCCGCCAACAGAGAUGAAGAGACAGGCUAUCCACAAGUGUUACAUUGUGAAGAAGAAGUACUGCGAUGGAGGAAAACAUGCCCGUUCCAUUCAAUGAAUGGACACGCCACCGCCAUGACCCAACACCAACCCACCCAUGCUAAUGCUAACGCCAUCGCUGGAGCCACAGUUGAAACACAAAACUAUAGUUUGGAAUCAUUAACAGGCGUGUCCCUCGACAAGAAACCCCCCCGAACAGGAAGUCUCCCUUCAACUCCUCUUAUGGCCACUGCCACUAAAUCCAACUACCCCCCCACACAAACGCCUUUAACACACCUCCAUGAGCCCAGUAUGCAAAACGUGUGUGUAUCUGUGCACGCUGCCCAAGAAAAGACUCCGCCUCAUGUUUACACAACAGCCGCGGGAAAAACACACAGCGUUAGCAUCCCUAGAAACGCUCCGGUGCUAACGGUUGCUAGCACACUCAUGUCCACGGAAUCCACAGAAAGAGAAGAUUCACCCAACCAUCCCUCCAGAUUAUUAAGACUUCAUAAAUCCAAAACACAAUUCAUAGCUGCAAGUCCGUCACAUACCGAUUUAGCUCUUCCGCUGCAAAAUAGCCCUGGUGCAGGUAAUGCUAAUCCCAAUGGAAGGAAUCCAAAUGGCAAACAUGGUCCUCAAGGUUCCAGUGCAAAAGUCCAGCCAGCCUCAUCACAUUCCGAAUUAACGCUGAAAACGGCAUCUCUAAGUGCACUAUCUUGUGCGAGACUGGAGUCUAAAUCUGGGAUGUCAGCUCCCAUCUCUACAACCACUAAUUAUGCUUUGUACAGAAACACAGCCCUGAGGAGCUCUUCAACUCUUCAACCUCCAUCUACACUGAAGGAAAAGCAAAGCAGCUCCAGUGCAUCAUGUAAUUCUUUACUUAAAACAAGCAACGUGUCACAUGAACACAUUGAAUCACUUUGUCAGAAUACAGAGAAGCCUUGCUACACACAAACAUCAGAUAGCACUAAUGAAGCAGCUCUCUGUGUAGUUCCCAGUCGGAAAAACAGGUCAAAAACAGCCGGGAUUGCAUUGUGCGGGCUGUCAAACGUGUCCAAACAUUGGAGCAAAGGCAGCCUCGUGUCAGAUGUGGUACAGAGCCAUCAGACAAACAGACCAAGCGGCGAAUUGAAUACGGAUGCAAGGCUACUGAGCGCUGAUCUCGUUUCAAAGAAUCGUCCAAGCAUAACGCAGGUGACUAAGCCCCAAAUGAAGUCCAACAGCUCUUGUCUGCAGGGUUGCAUUCAGGCCAAACAACAGAAGGGUGCACGUGAUGGAGGCACGGUAACAGAGCACGGGGGCCAGUGUGCUGCAUGCCCACCAGGAAAAGCAGCCCAGCAGAUGGAUUCAAACACAAAAGAGCUUGCCUUGGGCGCAUCAGCCGUGCAUGCAAGCAGUACGCCUCAAUCCGAUGCAGAUAAACACACGUAUCCAAACGAUCCGACCGCUUCUGUCCCAGCAACAGGAAAACACCUGCCCAGUAUCUCGACACAGGCAAACGUGAGGGCGCCUGGCGUCGUCAUGCACCGGUCUGAGUUCAACAUAUCAUCAGCACAAGAACCUCACCCGUGCCCAAAGUUGUCUUUAGUUGCAGCAGCACGAUGCUGCAGCGAGGGGGAACUCACUUCCACUUUUCAACGCCUCGGGUCCGGUGGGGCUGAGGCAAUCGUCAGCCGGGAUUCAAAAGGCGGCCCCGCUGCUGGCCCCAAGCCGGACCCAGAGGACCUCAUUCUGGCUCAUUCCCACCCGACUGAAGCCGCCCUGUUGUUGCCUCCGUCCCCACAGUGCUGUAAAUCAGCGUCGGUACAGCAGAGGCUUCAAAGCGUGGAGGCCAGUCUGGCUGCCAACAAGGACAGGAUCGCUACGCUGCUGAACAUCAUCCAUGACCUCGAGGCCACUCACACUCCUGCCACUGGACGACGAUCCUUCAAAACUGGACAGGAUCUCAAAAAGUGUUCAACUUGCCAAAAGACUGCCUGCAUUGUCUACAGUGUGGAGUACGACUUCAGGCAGCAGGAAAGGUGCUUCUUGGAGGUUCUGAAUCAUCACUCGGUGAGAGGAAGCAAGGCAGAUCACAUUCACCGAUCUGGGUCGCUGAGCUUCAGUUUGCUGGGAAAAGCCGUGAAGAACGUGAGGAAGACCAAGAAGAAAAGCAAAAAGCUCUACAAGAUUCUCCUCAAGUGGCUGCCCAGGAAACUUCUGCAUGUUUAGAAUUUUUCACAAUAAGAGAACCUCAGUUUUUGUUGUGAAUCCGUUCCAAAAUGUUGAGUGAAAACCGAAACGUAUGUAAACCGAGGCAAGUUUUCCCAUAGUAAGUGAUGUGUCUCCAAUUAACUCAAAACAUUAACAUUGAGGGUUAUGUAGCGAGUCAACUUACAUUGUACGAAAACCAAAACAAAGUUUUAGUGAACAUUUCAAAUUUUCCCCAAGCUGGGAUGUACGAUAACCGAGGUUUGACCGUUUUUACCGAUAAAAGACUUACCACGGGUUCCCACUUUGGAUUUUGUACUUUAAAGUUGCUUCUGAUCUUUAAGAUGUUCAGAUCGAUAAUUUUUCAAAUUCAAAUGGGAAAAUAUUGUGUUUUUAGCACGUCUGUGUUGGGUGCAGGUUGGCUGAAGCAGAUAAAACCAUCAGGAACGCGUUUUACCGUCAUUCCUCACCACUUUGCACUUGAAAUUGCACAGAUUCCUGAUUUUUCAAAAUAUAUGAAUGAAUAAAUCAUACUGUUUUGUGGUUAAAUACAGCCUAUUAUUGGUUUAAAAAAAAUAAUAAAUAAAAGGCAUAUUUAAGAAAAAAAAUUGCCUAAAUGAAGCACUUUCAAGAUGGUAUUAAGUGGUAUUACGUCAGUAAAUAAUGCUAGCAUUGAUGAGCCAAACAAGUAUAGAGUUGAAGUUCUCUAAACUCAUUAUCCAUUAUUAAUUCAAGGAUUUUCAUUUAUCUUCUUCUGAGAAAAAAAUAAAAUAUUAUUUACAUUAUCCACUUUACAAACUUUCCUCUAGAACACUCUCAUUUUCUUUACUUUUGUGUGCAUUUCUGCAGUGCAGCGAUGCCAACGAAUCCAGUAAAAUAUAUGCUAAUCAUGCACGGACCCAGUGCAGCAUAACAUAAUAAUGAAUGGUUAUUUAUUCAAGAAGCCACACCGUCUGAUCCUUUAUUACACAAUUCUCUUUCAUAGUAGUAGAACAUUCGAACCACACUUUAUGAGCAAGGAGGGGUUGCGUUUAAAGACACCGCGUAAUUUAAGAAGUCGCUGUGAUGUUCAGAGUGUCCAUGAACCCACCCGUGACUGGCGUCUGUUGAGCAUGAGGAAGCGUCGUUGGAAUUGUACUGCUGUUGGUGUGUUCAGGCGGAUGAAAGAGAGCCGAGAUGCUGAAGUGCAUUCAAACACGAAGCAGAGCAGGCCAUUAGUCUCCAAAGGCUGUGAAUUAUCCUGUCAGUCAAAGAAACAUCACCUUGGGCUCGCUUGCGUCUGGUCUCAACAGCGGCAUGAAGAGGAUGAUUGACAGCUGGCUUAAAAUCAGCCAUAUAGUCUGCAGCCACAACAGUUCUAAUGAAGAUUAGCAGCUGUAAUUAACCAGGAUUUGUGUUGGAUGGAAGGCAUUAUAAUAAAGCAUUCAUGGUGGAUGGACAGCCUCUGAAUCAUUGCAACUAAUCCUAAUAUGUCGCCAACCCCCAUUGCCAGACAGUACCCCCUCAUGUCCAGCAGAUGGAACCGUGGAGUCCUGUUAAACAUCUCACAUAUGGCCUGUUCAAAAUGUGCAAUACCCAGUUGGGACAUUGCAACAAUGGACAUGUUGGCUCUUAAGGACGUUCUAAGUAGAGCCUCAAAAUGCCACCCAAAAAUUGAGUAAGCAAUUUAUUGCAAAGAAGCAUGAAAGGGAAAUCGGUAUCCGGACGAUCCCAUUGGCUGUUUGUUAAGACAUGGCGCCAUCUUGGGCCCAGAUGAAGGUUGUUACUGGUGCCGAGCGCAGUCCCGUAACCAUCAGGCAUCAUCAGCGAGGGAAGGGAGCAAAGGCCUUCUUCAACGCCACGAGUUUGGGCAUUUGGAAUUAGCAGGAGAACACCAAAUAUGGGACAUUGAGAGGUGGAAGAUCUCCUUGACCGUCCUGGUGGCUUCCAACAUGACUGACAUGACAAGGAGAUCCCACCUGAGAUGUUUUCCAUCAUCGCAAUCCUUCAAUAGAACAAUAGAGCUUCAGGUUGUGCAGGGGCGUCAAAUGGCAGAUGGCUACACGACUGGCUUUUUCACCGCACUUCAUAAAGAAUCCAGUGGAGAACAUUUGGAGAUGGAUGGCAAGGGAAGACGACCUAAAUGGUCAUCACUUCCAGACGUGGAUUCCCUCCUUGAUGCCAUCUUCGCCACCUGGAGGUGAGUCCUAUCUUUGGGGGUUUUAGGGUCUCCUUGAGCUGUGGUCUGAAGCAUUUGGUCAGCAGAUGGACCUUCAUGCUUGUUUGCAGUACAUUGGUCGCUUUCUUUGUUUCACUGACAACCUCCUUAAGAUCCAAAAGAUCAAAAUGUUGCAGUUUUUUUCAACUGGUCUUAAGAUCUUAAUCAGGAGCGUAUUGACAUUAGACGUGUUAUUUCUUUGUUCUGAUUCUCAGGGCUUCUCUUUCUUCCACGCUGGACUGAAGGUCAGCAUCUCCGAAACGCUUCCUCUGUGUAUUCUUGAUCUCGCUCUUCAAUCAUCCAUUUGAUUUAGUCGUUUAGUGGAGUUAUAACUUGGGAUUAAUGUGUACAAAGCUGUGGGCUCAUACGCAGUCCUGCAGUACUUUGGUUUAUAUAUGAUCCAUUCAGCUGACUUUGCUUUUUUAUUCAUAAGAUGUUUCAUUAUGGUGCUCUUUUAAUUUAAGUUGAUUAUGGUAAGAUUAAAAAAAACAAAUUAGACAGUUCAAAUGUUUUAAACGGGCCAAAAACCUGACAAGUACAAUGAUAGAGAAAGCCAAGUAUGGCUUGAUGAUUAGAUCAUGAAAUAUUGGUCAAAUGGUACAAAGCCUUAAAGUUCAGCUGCAUGUUCUGACGCUAGAAAAUUAGUAACCGAUUAAGCUCCGACCUUGAAUGAUUAAGCUCUAACCGCAGGUGGCUUGGCCGCGUUACACGGUCAGUAAGUCGGUGGAAAAGUGUACAGGGUUGGGGAGAGAGAGGGAGAGCGUGAGAGCGAGCACAUAAACAGCAUCCGCCUGGCAGGAGACUUUAUUUACGAGCCGGGAGGACGUUUGCAGAACAACAUGAGGGCCUCGCUGAGCUCAGAUUGCCACAGCAGAGAAAAGGAAAAGCAUGCAAACAUCUGGGAAGAUCUUUUCAUUCCGCGACCUUUGAACCCGAUGACUGAUGAAGCUCUGAUGAAGAGAUGAACAGGCGGCGGCGCUAAGCGGACAAGGAAGCCUUUUCAACCAAGUUACGGCGUAGCCCCACGCGUCAUGAUUUCCACGUUCCUCCACUGGUCAGUUCUGGUGUCUUUCAUCACCCUGACCGUCGGCGGCAACGUGCUGGUAUGUUUGGCCGUGGGCCUCAGCCGCCGACUGCGGCGCAUUGCUAACUGCUUUGUGGUGUCGCUGGCGGUGACAGACCUCUUGAUGGGCCUGCUGGUGCUCCCCUUCUCUGCCACGCUGGAGCUUCGUGGCGGGAAGUGGCCCCUGGGGGGCACCAUGUGUAACAUCUAUGUCUCCUUGGAUGUCAUGCUGUGCGCCGCCUCCAUCCUGAGCCUGUUGGCCAUCAGCGUGGACCGAUACCUUGCCAUCUCUGCGCCCCUCAGCUACGUGUCGAGAAUCACCUCCGCCAGGGUGACGGCGGCCAUCGUGGCCAUCUGGGCCUCGUCGCUGGCCGUGUCCUUUGUGCCCAUCCACCUGGGCUGGAACACGGUGGACUACAGAGUGCAGCACUUGGACUGGCACAUGGGGGAGGAGGAUAAGGACGGACGCUACUGCCAGUUUGAAUGGAAUAACAACUACAUUGUUUUUUAUGUCCUGUGCUCCUUUUAUCUGCCAAUGCUGAUUAUCUGUGGGAUGUACCUUUGCAUCUUCCGAGUGGCACGCCAACAGGUGCAGCGAAUACGCGCCGCCACGCCUUCUUUCGCCCGCACGGCGUCAACCGCAGCCGUCGCCAGAGAGCACAAAGCCACCAUCACGCUCGCCGCCGUGCUGGGCGCCUUUGUCAUCUGCUGGUUCCCGUAUUUCACCUUCUUCACCUGCACGGGCAUCAAAGAGCAGAUGAACCCCCCCACGACGCUUCACUCUGUGCUGCUGUGGCUGGGCUACUUUAACUCGCUCCUGAACCCCAUCCUGUACCCCGCCCUGAACAGGGACUUCCGCAAGGCCUACGCGGAGCUGCUUCUCUCCAGGAGGCUGGCACGCAGAGAACUGCGAGUGUACACACGAUCGACCCUCUCGAACGGGCCAAGGCUUCCCCAAAUAUCUAAGGAGCACAGAGAGACUGAGAUGAGGAAUCUAAACAUGCAAAAUAACCAGAGUGAUAUUUCUAAUGAGUCACAGUGAAAUGGACUGACUAGCAUCGGCUUCUUGCAGCUUCUUCUUUUUCUUUCUUUCAUUCAAUUAUUUUAUAUUGUAUAUUAUUUGAUAUUUUCAUCUAUUUGGGAGGAGCCACAAUUUCAACAGCGAUGCCAAAUGUAAAUAACAGGAAAAAGGAAAUAAGUCAUGAAUCCCUAACUUUAUUUGUUACCUGAGCAGGCUCCUUGGAGACGAAAGCGGUUAAAAGCGCUGCCAAUGAAAGUGAAUGAGUGACCAAGCGACUAAAGUUUGGCUUGACCAUGUGACUGAAUGAAAAGGUUUUGAUGAUUUAUCCGCCACAGCAUGUUGUGGAAGUGUUGCAAUCAUCAUCAUCAUUGUCGUCGUCAUCUGCUGUGAGAGUGUCAAAGCAACUCUGAGCCUCAUGCAUCAUCGCUACGGCUUCAUGGCGUAGAAAUGAACAUUCAAUGUCACGUUUACUUCAUUGGAGACAAGGAUGGCACCACCUUUCCGAGUUAGUUCCGUGAGUUAGUUCUUCUUGAUAUUUUUCUUGUGGCGUAGCUGUGUGAGUUAGCAAAGACGUGGGACACAGAUGACUUGACUUCCUUUUCCCAGUUGAUAUAUAAGGAAGUCCAACCCUCUGUGACAUCAUAAAGGGGCAGUUAUACCACGCCUUUUGAAACCGUGCAUUUUGAGCCAUGCCAAGCUUCUUUCAGGGCUCACUUCCAAAUGCCCAGACCUCAUACAACAUUCUAAGUCAUUUCUAAGUCAUACAAGUGGAACCGAGUGGAACAUCACAGGCCCCCUUUAAGUUAAGCACAGCAUGUUGAGUGGAGGGGCUGUUGAGUUCACAUUUGUUGGCUAAAUAGCCUCAAAUUAGGAUGCUCAGAUUUAGAACCCAAGAGGAUACGAACGACAAUAUGCUCCCUGUUUUGUCUACUUUCUUCCACCAGAUGGCAGUCAUAACUAAUUAUACAUGCGGUUGGCUGAUGUCUUAUUGCAGGGCUGAGCACAUAUUUUGUCUCAUGGGCCACAUUGAGUUAAUAAAAUUGCACGGGGGGCCUGAAUAUAUAUUUAUCACACACACUUUUUUAUGCUUAUAAUUUUCCUUGAAUUAUUUGUCGAAGGCAUGUCCCUUUUUUCAGGAGCACUUUAAA